AUGGAAAUUAAUCUAUGGAAAGUCGUGUGUGCUGUAUGUGCUCUGCUCCUUAAUGGUUCAGGACGCUCAUUCGCCCAGCUGAGUGUGUGUGGUCAACCUGGACUGAACACAAGGAUUGUUGGUGGUCAAGAUGCCUCUCCCGGGUCCUGGCCCUGGCAGGUCAGCAUUCAGAGAGGAGGCAGCCAUUUCUGUGGUGGCAGCCUGAUCAAUAAGAACUGGGUCUUAUCAGCUGCUCACUGUUUCCAAAGAAUUGGUGCAGCAUCUAUCACAUUAUUUCUAGGAAUAAAAAAUCUGCAGGGGACAAACCCUAACAUGCAGCCAAGAAGUGCUAUUAAAAUUAUCAUCCACCCAGACUUUAAUAGUACCGCCAUUAACAAUGACGUUGCACUAGUCCAGCUGUCCUCUUCAGUGACGUUCAAUCCGUAUGUGUUGCCGGUGUGCCUCGCAACAGCCAACAGUUCUUUUCCUGAUGGAACAAAUGCCUGGGUCACUGGAUGGGGCAGAAUUGAUACUAAUGUGAAUCUGCCGGCCCCUCAAACCCUGCAAGAGGUGAAGGUGCCGAUUGUGAAUAACAGUGCCUGUGCAAUUGCAUAUAGACGUGAUAUAACAAACAAUAUGAUAUGUGCUGGUGUGGCUGCAGGAGGAGAAGGUGCAUGCUAUGGGGAUUCUGGAGGUCCACUGGUGGUCAAGAUCAAUCAAACCUGGUUUCAGGCUGGGAUUGUGAGCUUUGGCACUACAGGAUGUUCUGUCCGUGGCUUUCCCACUGUGUUCACCAGAGUGUCUCAGUACCAAGUCUGGAUUGAGAGCGAAAUCACCAGCAAUCCACCUGUAUCAGUUACAUCCUCAAGUGGCAGUCAUGGCUCCUCCAACCUCUUCUGUCUGCUCUUUUCUUUUUCCAUCAUCCCCUUCGUCCUCUUUCUAUCUAUUCUCUAG